UUGGACCAUAGACCAGCGCCAUUUCUCUGUUUCUAAGAUAAAAUCAAGAAUGGAUAACGCGGUUGUAAUGAUGCUACUGUUUCUUCUGCCGAGGUUUUCCCUGCCCUACCCGUCCGGUCCACCUGUGGCCAUCCAGCGCGUCUGCCGCGACAUGGACCCCGUGGGUCACCGGCCGCGCACGGCUAGCGGACAGGCACCGUACACCAUCCAGAUCAGUAGGUACAACUACGGACCAAAUCAACCUGUUCAUGUGACAGUCAGAGCCAACAGAGGCGUCUCCUUCCAAGGUUUCUUCCUCCAGGCCCGUCGCCAGGCAACGGGACGAGACAUCACCGAGGCACUGGGGGAAUUCACCUCCAUCUCCAGCGGCACCAAAUUCGUCACGUGUGUCACUCCCGCGAGCGCAUGGGGCCACAACGGUGACACACCAAAGACUGCAGUGACAGCGACGUGGGCCUCACCAACAACAGACCAAGGACCAAUCAUAUUCAGAGCAACAAUAGUCAAAGGACCAGCCAGUGAGUUUUGGACCAACGUGGAAUCGCCGGCCAUGUUCUUCUCGUCCCGUCCUAGGGAGUUCGGGCAAGAGUCAACAACUACCCCUGCAGCGUCAACGCAAGGACGAAUAUGCCUGGGCAGAUCAAAUUCUUCCUACUCGUUUAGACCCAGUGUGACUGUGACUACGGUACUCCUCAUUAUCACGUUAUUCCUGCUGACUGUUCUGAUGGGAUCCAUGUAGUCGCCAGUAUAGCGCCCUCUACGACAGAUGACCUGAUUAUCUUUAUCAUACGUCUGUUUUGAUUUAUUCGUCACACUUUUUCCUCGUCUCUUUUAUCAUAAGUUCAUGCAUACAAUCACGUACGGUUAAAAUUGUUAAUAUUUCACUGAAUAGUUGUUUACUUGUACACAAUAUUUGACUAUUAUUUUUGUUCGGGUAUUUUUUUAAAUAUUUUUUACUACGGUAAUUAAACUCCUAGAUAUGGUUAUGGCGAAGCUGGUGUCAUAAUGAAAAUGCAAUCAAUAUUUUUUUUCAGUGAGAGCUAUAUCGUACGGAAGCGUUAAAA